CUCGAUUUGUAUCAAAAUCUUCAAAGCUAUGUUUGCGAUUUCCUGGAAUAAAACUGGUCUUUCACUCUGUUCUCGCGGUUUCCAUUCUCAACUGCAACCGGAAACCUUCGUUCCAUUUUCCCAACAACAAUUCCAGCGUAACCUCAUAGAAUCUCAACUAGUCUCUCUUCUUCACGGCUGCAACGAUGUCAACCAGCUCAGGCAAGUCCACGCUCACAUCAUCCGAAAGGGCCUCGAUCAAUGCUGCUUCGUUCUUGCCAAGUUCAUCCGAAUUCUCACCAAAUUCAAUGUCCCCAUGGAUCCUUAUCCUCGCCUCGUCUUUGAUCAAGUCCGUCGCCCGAAUCCAUUUCUUUGGACUGCAUUAAUUCGAGGUUACUCUCUCUGUGGCCCCUUUAGUGAGGCAGUUCCGCUAUAUAACUGUAUGAGGAAGGAAGGUACUAGCCCUGUUUCGUUCACUUUCUGUGCUCUCUUUAAGGCUUGUGGGACAACCCUUGAUUUCGAUUCUGGUAGGCAGUUGCAUUGCCAGACUAUUUUGAUAGGUGGGUUUGAAUCGGAUCUCUAUGUUGGUAACACUUUGAUCGAUAUGUAUUUGAAAUGUGGAUUUUUGGAAUAUGGACGACGGAUGUUUGAUGAAAUGAUUGACAGAGAUGUGAUAUCGUGGACAUCGUUGAUAGUUGCUUAUGCUAAGAGUGGAGAUAUGGAAGUUGCAGGAGAAUUGUUUGAUGGGUUGCCUGAGAAGGAUAUGGUGGUGUGGACUGCAAUGGUUACAGGCUAUACCCAAAAUGCAAGACCAAAGGAGGCAUUGAGAUUGUUUGAGAGAAUGUGGGAGGCCGGUGUGGAAACAGAUGAAGUGACGUUGGUGGGUGUUAUUUCUGCUUGUGCCCAAUUAGGUGCUGGGAAGUACGCUAGAUGGAUCCGGAAUGUUGCUGUGCACACGGGGCUUGAUCCGACCACAAAUGUUGUUGUGGGCUCCGCUCUGAUUGACAUGUAUUCCAAGUGUGGCAGCGUGGAUGAAGCAUAUCAGGUGUUUGAGAUGAUGAGGGAGAGAAAUGUGUAUUCUUACACUGCAAUGAUCGUGGGGUUUGCAAUGCAUGGGCAGGCUGAUGCUGCAAUGAGGUUGUUCCAUGAGAUGGAGCAGACAGAGACGAGGCCAAAUAGAGUUACAUUCAUUGGGGUCCUCACUGCAUGCAGCCAUGCAGGGCUUGUUGAACAAGGGCUGCAUUUGUUUGCAAGCAUGCAGGAAGUUUAUGGGAUCACACCUUCAGCUGACCACUAUGCAUGCAUGGUAGAUCUUCUUGGUCGUGCUGGGCACUUAGAAGAAGCCUAUGAGCUUGUUAAAACAAUGGAAAUUGAGCCCCAUGGUGGUGUGUGGGGAGCAUUACUUGGAGCAUGUCGUAUACAUGGGAAUCCUGAUAUUGCUGAGAUUGCUGUCGGCCAUCUGUUUGAGCUUGAACCAAAUGGUAUUGGAAAUUAUGUAUUGCUUUCCAACAUUUAUGCAUCAGCUGGAAGAUGGGAUGAUGUUUCACGUGUGAGAAAGUUGAUAAGAAAGAAAGGUAUGAAAAAGAAUCCUGCAUGCAGCUGGGUAGAAGCAAACAAUGGAGUAAUUCAUGAAUUCUUUGCGGAUGACAUGACUCAUCCAAGGUCUAAUGAGAUCAAACAAGCUUUAGAGGAACUUUUGGAAAGAUUAAAGCUUGCUGGGUACAAACCAAACAUCACCUCUGUAGUUUAUGAUGUGAGUGACAAUGAGAAAGAGCAGUUGCUAAUGAGGCAUAGUGAAAAGUUGGCUUUAGUGUUUGGGCUACUAACUACUAGUGCUGGCAGCUCCAUUCGGAUUGUGAAGAACCUAAGGAUAUGUGAGGACUGUCACUCAUUUAUGCGUAGUGUGUCUGGGAUCACAAGGAGGGAGAUUGUAGUUAGGGAUAACAUGAGGUUCCAUCAUUUCCGAGAUGGAUUGUGCUCCUGCAGUAAUUUCUGGUGAUUGAAGCAGAACUUCCAACUCCAUCAGAGGUGUUGGACUACCCUACUUAAGUUAUUCCUUAGUGUAACAUAAAAUUAUCUUCUGGCCAAUUGUUGCAUGUGCUAAUCCAAGCUGAUCAUCUCAAAUUGAUUGGUACUCCUACUUUCACUGAACCAGAAAAAGGUCCUAUCAUUCAUCAAUAACCCAUUCUUUAUAAUAUGGCCUGCUCA